CUACAGGUGCCCCAGCCCAGUGUGCAGCCUCCCAUCAUGUCAGGGGGAGAGGCGUCCCUACACUGCGUCCCGACAUUCCGCUACAAGGACAUUGAGUACUCGGGAUGCACCGCGGCGGACAGGGAGGUGCCGUGGUGUGCCGUGGAGGUCAACGAGGAGAAGGAACCUGUCGCUUCUAUCUACUGCAGCUAUAACCACGAGUUCGAUCCGUACCCUAACCAGAGCCCUCCAGGAGCGAGAAUAGCCGCGGUCGGUUUGGACGCUUGCAAGUUUCCCUUCCUGUGGCGAGAGCACGAGUACAGGGAGUGUAUAGCCAUGGACGCUGAGGCUCCCUGGUGUCCCACGAGACUCACCGAGACAAGGUGGCCCUCCUCAUCAGCCUACUGCAAGGACCACCUGCGCGGACCACUCCCGACCAGAGCAGCUCCUUCGAUUCACCUUUUCACUGUGGACUUCGAGGCGUGCAUCCUCCCCUUCGUGUAUAAGGGCGUCAGUUACCACACCUGCACGCGCAUGGACGCUCACGCCCCCUGGUGCGCCACGAGCGUCAACGCCAAGGGGUUCGUGAAAAAGUCUCGCUACUGCAUUGAUCUUGAUGACUGGGAGUUGAACCACAGCAACAAGCCGCCCCCAGUGCAGGAAGAAGAUGACAACAAGAUGCAGUGCACGUUCCCCUUUUACUACAACGGCAAGAUCUACAAUCAAUGCACUGCCGUUCACUCCAGCUUCGCGUGGUGCGCCGUGAAGACCAACCAGCACCACGAGCCCAUGAUGAUUGCUGCCUGCACUAAAGAUUCAAACGUCAUGAAGAGAAACGAAAUACUUCCAGCCAUCAGACGUGGAGACAACACCACGAUCCUGCCUCUCCCACCUCCCUUCCCAGUAUCAGACGGUGCGACCAUGACCCUGCACAACGGCCCCUGCGUGUUCCCCUUCAAGUACAAGGGCCGCGAGUACCACCAGUGUGCCUGUGAGGACGCCGAGGCCUGCUGGUGCCCCACUGCCCUCACGGACACUGGUGAACCCGCCGUCAGCGACUACUGCAGGGACACACUGCCGGCAGCUCCCCCUCUCAAGCCUCCGCCUUCCCGUGGUGAGUGACAGCGCCAGCUCGCCUUACACCAAGCACAUCGUCGCAUUACACAGCUAGUCAUGCUUCUUGUCUAAAGGUCACUUAACAGUUCAUGUCACACGCUCUCUUUCUCUGUGUGACUGAAGCGUCGGAUCCUGGGAAUCGCCGUGUGAUCCUCGUCCCUCACAGAUACAAAUCAUCUACCACAUCUACCCUGGAUCACCAUCGUUCCUGAACUGUCCUGAGGGUAAUUGGUGACGUGUUACCUCGGGGACGGCCAUCCCUUGCCACUCCUUCCUGUUUGUCGCCGCCUGAAGAUGCCAGACAGUCUUGUUCUCGUUAACUAUUCACGUCCUGAUGGUCUUUGACUCGAUUGUUCCUUGAUUACGUGUAGUGGAGAUUAUACUGAGGAGUCGAUGUGUUUGUAGUGUACUUAUUCUUGACGUUAUUAGUGUUUUGGUUUGUCAGUGAUUGUUGCCAGAUUUGUUCGUCAAUUUAUCUUCCCGGUGCCCUGCUUUAUUUCGUUUUUCUCUUUAUGUACUGUAUUGCUAUGAUCUGACGGUUUUUGGCGCAAUGAAUUGAUAAAUAAAAACAAAAUUCCCUCACGAAGCCUGACAACUAAGGGAUCAGAGGAACGAAGAUUGUGGGAAACACUAAGUAAACACAGAACUGAAUGCAAAAGUUACGCAGCUCCUGACCACGACUGUACGUGACGAACAUUGAUUUCUUGUGACUUACGAAACCUUUACCCGAGUGAUUCUGAUUCCCUGAUUCAUGCGAAGACGAAUAUGCGCCUUGAGGCUUUUGAUGGACGUGGCAUUGUAACAGAACUCCUCCCUGACGGUCACAAGAAAAUAAGAAGUCACAGGAAGCCAUCAGGGAUACACGUGGUAGUUCCUGUACAAAAGAUGCCCACCAGUUCCCACGCAUUAUCCCCAUCCGUGCCUUAUGCCACACCAAAGUGAUACGUUAAAAGAUGUAAAAAAAAAAAAGAAAAAAAGAAAAGAUGUAAAAAAAAAAGAAAAAAAAAAGAAAAAGAAAAAUUGAAGGGAGAAUGGAAAUAGAGAAGGAUUUCAAGGAGCUUUUAGUUUAAUAUUUGAAUUUCUAUUUAGCUUGAAAACUGUGUUGGCGAAUAAUUCCUGCAGGCGUGUUGCAGGUAUGUGUGGAAAGAAAGCAGCCAUUUGUGUGACACGUGUCAUUUGAAGUUAUUUAAUAGUAGGUUGCUUGCACACACACGCGCGCGCACACACACACACACACACACACACACACACACACACACACACACACACACACACACACUUUCUUUUCUGUCUUCUGUCUUGUUUUCACAUAGCCACAGAUCCACAGCAUAUCCCUGCAACAUAUUCCUAAGCCACAGCGACACACUUAAUACUAAAACUACAUACCUUCAAGAAAAGCACUUUAUGGCGGGCACAUCCACGUUUCAAUAAGUAGUACUGAAGAUUUGAAAGGAGACACACACACACACACACACACACACACACACACACACACUUCUCAUGCCUGGUACUGUUAUGUUCUUUCCUCGCUAAUCUCUGUCAACCUCCUGCAUCGCCUCCACAGCCUAAGCAAGAGGAGUGAGGGAGGAAAUGACUAUCGGGGUUCAAGGGUUUAUUCCUCUCUGUCGAUGCAUAUGAGCAGAUCCCGGUGCCAGGAAUAUCUUAGUCUAUGGUAACUAUUUCCAUAAGGCCACAGAGGUUAUAUGUCAAGUUCUCAUGGGUGUUUUUCUCCAUUGGUGACGCAAAGUUCUUGUCAAACCGUUCCUCGAUUACGUGGAGGACAUUCUGAUUGACGAAAAUCUCAGUCGCUUUCACAACGAACUGUUUUGAUAAGUCGAGACGAGACGCUGAAACAUUUAAAGGAAUUCGGUUAUUUUUACAUUGCGUGACGAACAUUACCAAUAAGAAGAUGACGGAUAAUGCAGGUAUAUAUAACACGUACUACAUGACUUACAUCACGAACCAAAGCAUCUCAGCACCUCCAACUGCGGUACAAUCUCGAGGACAAAGGAGUAAUAAAGCAGCGGUUUCGAACACUGCGGUUCACAUGUUCGAAUCAAAGGUCACCAAGAAAGCAAAACAUUGAAACCACGAGCAGCUGUAACGCACAACUCUUCACCUUUACCUUUAUGCAUGUUUUUGUCUCCUAAUGAUGCAGAAUCCCUAUAUCAAUAUAAGCAUAGAAACAUUUUAUAAUGAAAAAAACUCCCACUAAGAGCCUGCUGUAAGUUGUCGAGAUAAGACGUUGCAGAAUGCAGCAGCGGUGUCCCAUUUCAGCAGGGUGUUUGCUGUCAGGGCGUGUCUGCUCGUGCUUGCUGCUGGAGUCUCGGCGCCCACUGCCAGUAGGUCGGAGAGACUGGCAGGUAGCGCGUCCACGACAGCCUGAAGCCAGACUGAGAAAAGGCAACUGCGUAUAGAAAUAGGAAGUGAAAGCAUCGCAUGCACACACAUUGAUUUGUUCCUUAUCUUUGGAAAUGCAUACGAAAAAAAGAGGAAAAUAAACUAAAAUCCGCCUAUUGCA